GGCACACAAAACUAUAGUGCAAAUUAUAAAAGGCCUUUACAACUUAAAUCCACUAAAUACAAGCCUUCAGAAAAGGCAGCCUUUUUAUUAGCAUUAACAUCCGGUAGUUGUCCAUCCAAUUUAGCAAAAAUUGAUGUAUCUUCUAAAGCUCUUACCUAUCGUGGUUUAACAUUUGAGAUAUUCAAGCCCAAGGAAGAAA